AUGAACCCUGAAGCUGAUCCUUGCGAAGAUUUUUAUGAAUUUGCAUGUGGAAAUUAUGAAAACAAUUAUAAAGUCCCAGAAUUAGAUUACAACACUCUACCGCAGGAAAUGACUAGAAAUUUGACUAUUUGGUGGGAAGGUAAAUAGGAUUAGUUAUUUACAAGGAAUCAUAAUAUUUGUAGAACAUCUAACAAAUUAUGACUUGCAACAAAACUGGAGUUUUCUCAUGGAACUUGUGAAAAAUUACACAAAAUCAUGUGUGGAUGAAAAUAGUAAAAUAGCUCUAGACUCAAAAGAUGUUCGAGAAAUAAUUGAUUCAAAAUUUGGUGGAUGGCAUCUUCUAGAUAACAAAACAGAACACUUUGAUUGGGAAGUGUUAGCUGGAACAUUGUCGCUUUAUGGUUUUCACACUUUUAUCAAACCGCAUGUUAAAAUGAGUUGGGAGAAUGGUUUACAGAAUGUUCUGGUGAUGAAAACACAAUUGAAAUACUAUGAGAAAAUGUAUUUUAGAAUGAAGAAAACAUUUUUGAUUGAUGAUAUUUUUGAGUUACUUAAUAUCACAGAUUAUGACCCGAAAAUUGUGGAAGAUAUUAUUGAUUUUGAUCUGAAUUUGAAUGAUGUGAGUGAACUUCUAUCUUAUUCUACGAACUUUAAAGUUGUAGCUUCUCCAAUAUAACAAUAAUUCUCACUUCGAAAUUCAAACUGUCGCUGAAUUCAAAAACCAGCACAAUAACAUCAAUUGGACAGCAUAUUUUACGAGGGAAUUAAGAGAUGCUAUGCCUCAUUUGCUAACUUCUCAAGAAAUGAUUCAAAAUGAGAACCCAAAUUUUUUCAAUGCUCUUAAUCAUUUACUCAAAGAUACAUCAAAAGAAACUAUCAAGAACUAUUUAUUUUUUGAAUUGGUAUCAAAGUUCUUCCUUCACAUGUCGAAAAAAUAUCGAGAACCAUUUGAAAAGUUUUCAAAUAUUUACGAAAAGGAUUAUAACAAUCAAUAUUGCGCGGAAGAAACGAAAAGAAUGUUUCCACUCAUAGUUGCUGGAGAAUAUGUUAAAAUUCAUCACACUGAAAAUGAAACUGUGAAAGUAGAGGAGAUUUUAGCGAAUUUGAAAAAAGUUAUGAUUGAUGAGAUCAAGAAUUCCACGUGGAUGAGUAGAAAAUCAAAAGAGGGAGCGAUUGAAAAAGUUAGAAAAAUGCAUAGGAAAAUUGGUCAUCCAAGUUGGUUGGAUGAUUUGAAUAUCGGAACGAUUUAUGGAAUUCUGGGCAAGCCAAUUGAAUUAAAUCCGGGCGAUUAUUUAGGGAAUUAUUUGAAGAUCAAGAAAAUUAAUCAAAUGUAAAUACUUAUGUUAGCGAAAAUCUAUAUCUAUAAUUUAGGGAUGUUUUCGCACAAUUGGAAUAUAGUUCAAUGUCUGAAUGGGGUUAUUUUGUUACACGUAUAAAUGCCUUUUAUGCUUCUCGUCGAAAUGAGAUGAUUAUCCCUGCUGCAAUUCUAACCUUUCCAUUUCUCAAUGAAAAUUCACCGCUAUCAAUUAAUUAUGGAGGAAUUGGUGUGACUGUGGCGCAUGAGAUGAUACAUGGGUUUGAUGGGAAGGGCAGAUUUUAUGAUGAUUAUGGAGAACAAUUUGAUUGGUGGGAUGAUUUGACAAUGAUUUGGAAGUUGAGAAAGUGA